AUGGCCGUUACUCGAAAAAGGAACGCGAAUAAUACAAAUGCAAGCGCAAAGAAGUCCUUAGCUUCACAUGACGAGCUCCAAAUAUCGGAAGAGGAGCAAUGGCGGCUGGUAAACAAGACAGGCAUCCUGAAUCAGUUACCCCAGGAUGGAAGCAACAGGCAACUGAAGGAUGGUGGCCUUGCUGAAGAAGAUGAAACCCCCCUCGCUGAAGAGAUCUUCAAUGCCAUUGUGCUCAUCAUCCCAUUUUCAUUCCUCCUGCUGAUGAUGGAUAUACUGGCUCAUCGACAAUACGCGAAGGAGGCGACCGUUGGGGUCCUGGCCGACAGACUGAUUCCAGGCAUUCCAAUUUUGUCCGUAUUCAUAUUCUAUACCACGCGUUAUAAACGAUACAGGUUGAUGCAAGCUUCGCUAUUUGUCCUGUCGAUCUUCCUUGGCACGCGUAUGAUCUACGUGGUCAACAUGGCGUCGUGGAGGGUUGUCAUGCAACAGGGCCCGCCACUCACUACUAUGUGGGUUUACUGCGUUGUGCAACUUGAUUUGGCUCCCGCCACGCUUAGUUUACUGGUCAUCGGCGCUUGGGUGAAGUGGACAGGCAUGAAGCUCGUAUUAUGAGUACACCAACUAGUAGUUUACAGAACAUAAAUAAUCACAUGAGUAUGUG